AUCCAUCGGAGGCCAAGAAGAAGAAGGAGUUAACCCUAGCUAGGUAGCUAGAAGCUGGCGAGCCGGUGGUGGGACGAGGGGCGGCUCAGCCUGCCGGUGACAGCCGCCGAUCCAUCCCUGGGCCUCGGCAACAACGGCGCCACCAGUCACGACAUGGCGUCCAACAAGGAGCCCAGCGGCGCCGACGACGACGACCGCGAGCUGAACGGGGCAGGCGCCGACGGCGAGCCCAAGGAAGGCGCGGUGGUGACCGGCAACCGGCGCCCCCGCGGGCGGCCGCCGGGGUCCAAGAACAAGCCUAAGCCGCCCAUCUUCGUGACGCGGGACAGCCCGAACGCGCUGCGCAGCCACGUCAUGGAGGUGGCCGGCGGCGCCGACGUCGCGGAGUCCAUCGCGCACUUCGCCCGCCGGCGGCAGCGCGGCGUGUGCGUGCUCAGCGGGGCCGGCACCGUGACCGACGUGGCGCUGCGCCAGCCGGCCGCGCCCGGCGCCGUGGUGGCGCUCCGUGGGCGGUUCGAGAUCCUGUCGCUGACAGGCACGUUCCUGCCGGGGCCGGCGCCGCCAGGCUCCACGGGGCUGACGGUGUACCUGGCGGGCGGGCAGGGGCAGGUGGUGGGCGGCAGCGUGGUGGGCACGCUGACCGCGGCCGGGCCGGUCAUGGUGAUCGCGUCGACCUUCGCGAACGCCACCUACGAGAGGCUGCCGCUGGAGGAGCAGGAGGAGGAGGAGUUAUCUCAGGCUCCAGGUGGCGGCCGGGGUGCAGGAGGACAGACGAUGACAAUGGCGCCGCCGCUCAUGGCCGGCGAGCCGACGAUGACGAUGUUCAGCGAGGGGCUCGGUGCAUGGCGCCCUCCCUCCUACUAGAUGAAGAUCAGAUCGAUCGAGUUCGUUGCUACCAUUGCCAAUAACAAAUAUAUGGAGCAUGUUCGAUCAGCCAAUGCAUGAAUCGAUCGAUAUGCGUAUAUCAUCGAUCGGAAGCUACAUAUUUAUACAGGUAAAAAUCAAAUUAAAGCGCGCGGUUCAAGUGCGUGCUAGCUUGUUGUACUCAAUCAUAUAUUUCGAUCUCACAUGCAUAUAUAUAUAUUGUGUUUGUGUAGUAGCAGCAUCUUAAACUUUCAUCGAGUGAGUGUGUUGAGUGUUUGGUUUACUUCACUUCACUUCACUUCAGAUAUGAAUGGUAAAUAGAUUAGUUAUGAAUGUCUCCAGCGUGUGCAUUCUCUCUGAUUUCUUUCAUGUACU